AUGGGAGACAACCAACAUCAUGCCAACUAUUCUAUAUUUUCACCAGAAAGUAGUAGAGAAGAAACUUUGGAGUUCUUAUUGGUGUCAUACGAGUCAUUGGCUAAAGAACAAACCAAUUGGGUCUGUAAUUUAGCCAAUGCUGCAUCCUUAAUAUGGCAUGCUUAUAAAGCGUUGCAGGUCAAUGUUAACUGGGCGGGUUUUUACGUUACAGAUAAAACGAAGCAAAAUGAACUGAUAUUAGGUCCAUUUCAAGGGAAACCAGCAUGUCAAACAAUCAUAUUUGGUAAAGGUGUAUGUGGUACUGCUGCAUCUACUCAAAGGACUCAAUUAAUCCCAGAUGUGAAUAAAUUCCCAGGACAUAUUGCUUGUGACGGGGAGACGAAAAGUGAAAUAGUUGUACCAAUACUUGAUCUACAAACAGCAGAAACUUUGGCUGUUAUUGAUUUAGAUUGUUUGGAUUUCGAAGGAUUCAAUGAAAUUGAUCAAAAAUAUUUAGAAAAAUUAGCAAUUUUAAUUAGUAAAACAUGUAAAUUUUAA